GCAAGUCUCGGUCCUCAAAAACUCUCAGGGUUGCAGCAGAACACCCUCCCCCUCCCCUUCUCGUCUUAUCUCCACCACCACCACCAUCCUCAUCAUCACCAUCCUUCACCAUCAUCUCGCUGUUUUUUUUUUAAAGGGAACCAGUCUUAUCUUUACUAACCCGUCCAGUUUUCUUUCUUCUCCUCUCUCCUCCGCUCUCCCMUCCGCCCCCGCUCACCACCACCCCUCACCCGGGCCAUCACUCUGAACUAGUUGCAUGCAUUGUUCGUCUCCCAAAAUGGUUUGCGAGACUAAGAUCGUUGCGGACGAACACGAGGCUAUACCGGCCGCCGGGACCAAGCGAGAGCAGAUGAUGUGGAGCUCUCCGCCCGCCGCCGGCGCGGCUUUAAACCCCGCCGAGCUGGCGGCGAAGGAUGCGGUUUUCAUCCGCGAGUUUGAGCGCGCCGACGAGCGGGAGGCGCUGCGCAUCUUUCACGAGGGAAUAAUGGAGCGGAUACCCAACACUGCGUUCAGGGGGAUCUGGCAACAGCCCAGGACCCAGUUUUUAUACGCUUUUCUCACAGUAAUGUGCUUUUUCGUGACCAAAUCUGUCACGCUGACAUGCUGCGCGCCACUCAUUCUCAUGGGUGCACGCUACUACUACAGCAGGAAAGUUAUCCAGAGUUAUCUGGACUGUGCUCUGCACACGGACAUGGCCGACAUAGAGGCGUAUUACAUGAGACCCACAGGCUCCUGUUUCUGGGUGGCCGUCCUGGAUGGACGCGUGGUGGGCAUUGUGGCAGCGCAGGGUCACGAGGAYGACAACACCGUGGAGCUGAGGCGCAUGUCAGUGGACUCCCGCUACCGGGGCAAAGGCAUCGCAAAGGCCCUGGGUCGCCGCGUUCUGGAGUACGCCGUCCGCAACAACUACACCGCCGUGGUCCUCGGAACGACCGCCGUCAAGCUGGCCGCCCACAAGCUGUACGAGUCGCUGGGCUUCCASAGGACGAGCCAGAGCGAGGACUACAGGCUACCUGGGAUGAGCCGCUCGCCGCUGGAGAGGCUCUUCUUCCAGAUCCGCCACAGCCGCUACCGCCUGCAGCUCCACGAGGAGUAAACAGGUGAUGGGGGAAGAGAAAAACGGAGAGGUGGAGAUGGAGGAUUGAAAAAAAUAAGGGACAAAGAAAGCAAAAUCCCUCCUUCACCUUCAAGCCCCAGCUGCAUCCUCUCCUCUGACAGCUUUUAUUUAUUUUGUGUCAUUGGAGAAAUCUUUGAGUAACACUUCUACUAUUUCAUUGUAAAUCACUAACAUUUUUUAAAUUAAUAUUACGCUUUUGUUGAUGUUAUUUUUGUAUUAUGCAUUACAAUUUCAUUAAUAGUUUCUUUUUGUCUAUUUUAA